AUGUCAUCUUCCACAACUCAAAAGAAGCAAACCAAAGGACCAAUUGAUUUCUUUGCUGGUGGUGUUGCAGGUUUAUGUGAAGCCUUAUGUUGUCAUCCAUUAGAUACCAUCAAGGUUCGAAUGCAAUUGUACAAAAAAUCCGGUCAAAAACCUCCAGGUUUCAUUAAAACUGGGGUUAAUAUCGUUCAAAAAGAAGGUUUCCUUUCUUUAUAUAAAGGUUUAGGUGCCGUUGUCAUUGGUAUUGUUCCAAAAAUGGCUAUUCGUUUCAGUUCUUAUGAAUUUUACCGUUCUUUCUUUUUAGACAAGGAAGGUAAAAUUACCACCGGUCAAACUUUCAUUGCUGGUGUUGGUGCUGGUAUCACUGAAUCUGUCAUGGUUGUUAAUCCUAUGGAAGUUGUUAAAAUCAGAUUGCAAGCUCAACACCAUUCUAUGAAAGACCCAUUGGAUGUUCCAAAAUAUAGAAAUGCCCCACAUGCUGCUUAUUUGAUUGUUAAAGAAGAAGGUUUUGCUACUUUAUACCGUGGUGUCUCAUUGACUUGUGCUAGACAAGCCACUAACCAAGGUGCCAACUUUGCUACUUAUUCCACCAUUAAAGCUUACUUGCAAAAAGAACAAAAUACUGAAUUGUUACCAUCUUGGCAAACUUCUUUGAUUGGUUUGAUUUCUGGUGCCGUUGGUCCAUUAACUAAUGCUCCAUUAGAUACUAUUAAAACCAGAUUACAAAAGAGUAAAUUCACCACCAAAGAAAAUGGUUUGGUCAGAAUCAUCAAGAUUGGUAAGCAAUUGAUUAAAGAAGAAGGUAUUGCUGCUUUGUAUAAAGGUAUUACCCCAAGAAUUAUGAGAGUUGCUCCAGGUCAAGCUGUUGUCUUUACUGUUUAUGAAGCUGUUAAACAUUACUUGACUAGUGAUCCAUCAGUUUCUCAAGCCAAGAACGCUUAG